AUGGCGAUGGCAGCGGCGAAUACGACGUUUGCACCGGACAGGCCGGCAGUGAAUCUCAGCUGUCUGCAAUGCCAGCAACGAAAGAGAAGAUGCGACAAGGGUCAACCAUGUCACGCUUGCAGCCAAAGUGGAAUCACUUGCACUGCAGUCCUUCGAGCACGACUACCACGUGGCCGGCAUACGAGACGGUCCAAUACACAUCUCGAGCAGAGACUCGCAAGGGUGGAGAGCAUAAUUGCUGAUGCACUUCCAUCCGGCGACGUUCCAGCAAAUCAUAGUGAAAUUGCUCAGUCGUCCAAUCCUGCAUGGGCGGCCAUCACUCACGAGAUAGCAGGCAUACGAGAGAUCAUGGACACAAACUCAGUAUCUCUGGAAGAGACUAGUAUUGAACACGGCUCAAUCAUCACACCAACAGCAGAUGCUCCCGGCGUCAUUUCGUUUGCUGACAAUGCUUCUUUUACAUACACACACCUCUCUGUACUUCCUCCAAAAGCCAUCACCUCUGUACUAGUUGAUGUUUAUGUUCGUCGCAUCGACCCAAUACUCAAAGUGGCGCAUGCACCUUCAUUGCGCGCACUUCUCUUCGACCAGCCAAUGUACAACAUGGCUGAGGAUGCUUUCAGAACUGCAAUUCAUUUUGCCGCCAUCUCCAGCCUCGAGGAGGCGGAAUGUGAGCAGAUCAUGGGCGAAGCCAAAGCCGUUGCGCUCGACAGGUUUCGAGUCACCACCGAGGUUUUACUGGCAAAGGCUAAUCUAUACACUGCCACGACUUCAACUACACUGCAAGCAUUCGUGGUCUAUCUGAUCGGUCUGCGAGCGAGCAACGGCUGGCGAUCGGUAUGGGCUCUGUUAGCGACAGCUGUCCGGCUAGGGCAGGCAAUCGGUCUCGACCAAGACAUGCAAUCAUCAUCGUCCUUCAAUCAAGAGAUGCGUCGGCGGCUUUGGUUUUCCAUCGGUGUACUUGAUCUUCAAGCAGCAUUCGACGGAGGCUCAUUUUCGGCGCUUGCCAGCAAUGCGUUGCUUGGUCAACCACCAUUGCAUAUCGAUGACGCAGAUAUAUCACCUGUGCAGUAUGCUUUUGCCGAUUCAAGGACGUCUUUCACAGAUAUGACGUUUGCUUGCAUGACCCACGAGACUUUGCUACAUGUAAGAAGACUCAUUCACGUGCCUGUGGACUACUCUGGGCAACCACUAUUUGCGCAACAAUGGUCAGAUCGUUAUGAGGUGGUUGAGCAAUGCUCACAACUGUUGCACCAAAGGUAUCUGAGGCACUGUGAUGAUAUGAUCACGUUUCAACUCUUCACACACGUCGUGGGAGAAGAUAUGAUUACGACUUUGAACCUGCUAGCACGCCGUCCACUCUAUCGGACCAUCAGCAAAGGCCCACCUCCGAAGGAUGAUUACGACAUCCUCAAUGUUGCCGCCCUGGUCGUCAAUCGAGGUUUGCGAAAAUUUUCCAACAUGGACUUCCGACUAUGGAGAUGGUUCUCUUGGACCAAAUGGUACGCCUUGGCCAUUUUACUUGCUGAGCUCUGUGAACGAACAAGUGGCACACCCGUUGAUGAUGCAUGGCGCAUUGCUGAAGAUGCAUAUGAAGUUUAUCAGACGAACGAUCACGAUGCUGUCUUAUCCACCGCUAUGAGGAAACUUAUGCACAGGGCUCGAACGAUUAGGAAGCGCACAACUGAGGAGACUCCAACAGAUUCCGGUCCAGACACGCGUCAGGUGCAAACCUCCUCGGUACGGGUACAGUACAGAUCUGGCACCAAUGCUUUCGGCCCGCUCCGCUAUGGUCAUUUUGGAGACCCAGUAUCAGAGUCGGAACACCCAGGACAACGCCCAGUUGAUUAUGGCGAAUCAGACUUAUCGUCCUGGAUCAACUGGGAGGCUUUCAUGCAAGAUAUGGGAGACAUGAGCCCCCUGGAUCUGCCAGAUAUGCUUGCUUGA